UUGGUAUUACGAAAGCUUUGCCAUUUUGUUUUAUUAAUAUUUUCACUAAAUUUUGGUGAAAAAAAUAAGAAAAAUGAGUUCAGCAUCUCUCAGAAAAAAAGCUACCAGACUCACAAACAUGUCGGAAAAACUAGAAACGUACCAGAAAGUGAUCCAAGACGGUCUCCGGCGCUCUUCAAUCGUCGGAGAAUAUCACAAACACGACGUCGCUUCGUCGGCCUUCAAUCACACUCACACUGAAACACACAGAAGAGUGCAAGAAACACAAUCUCCGAUUUGUACCCUUGAAUUUAAUUUCAAUCUUCAAACUCCGAUUUAUUUGAAUUUUAUUUAUUUGAAGAACAAAGAUGCCUCAGGUGAGGAUCAUAGCGAAGAAUUUCAUGGACAUGGUGGCCACCCUGCCCGCCAUGAAGCUCGACAAGCUCUACGAAAAUGCUUUCGUCUGCGAAGCAAUUCUCAGGUCACUGCCACCGCUAGCCAAGAAAUACGUCUUGCAAAUGCUAUCCAUUGAAGUUCCGGUGACUGCCAAGUCAAUGGAGGAGUGGGUGCUUCCUGAUGGGGUCUCAAAGCAUAGAGUUGCAAUUGAUCGCCUGAUUCAAUUGAGAAUAUUUACAGAAACUGUGGACAGGAAGAGGGAAGCAACUUACACCGUAAAUCCUAUAUUUCAGACUAAUCUCAAGAAGCUUUUGGUACAUGGUGUAGUUUUGCCAAGAGAACCAAUGCCUUCAAAUAUCACAGUGAGGCUCCCUAGCUUGGAGGAUCUUGAAGCUUUUGCCCUAGAACAAUGGGAGUGUUUCUUGCUGCAACUUAUCAACUCAUCUCAAAUUGAAAGGCCAUCGAACAUCAGUUCGUCUAUGAUGAAAACUUUCCAGCGAGGUCUUUUGUGUCAAAGGGAUAGAGAAGCUCCGAGAUUAACUGAAAGUGGUUUCCAGUUCUUGUUGAUAGAUACAAAUGCGCAACUAUGGUACAUCAUUAGAGAGUAUAUCUCUAACUCGGAGGAGCGUGGGUUAGAUUCUGCAGAUUUGAUUUCAUUCCUGCUAGAACUUAGUUUUCAUGUUACAGGCGAGGCAUAUAACAUAAAUACAUUGAAUGAGAGGCAGAAGAAUAUAGUCAAGCAUCUUGCAGAUUUGGGGCUGAUCAAACUUCAGCAGGGAAGGAAAGACAGUUGGUUUAUACCUACUAAAUUAGCUACUAAUCUUUCAGUUAGCUUGACAGACUCAUCAUCGAGGAAACAGGGAUUUGUUGUUGUAGAAACAAACUUCAGACUCUAUGCCUACUCAACAUCUAACUUACAUUGUGAAAUUUUACGUCUUUUCUCAAGGGUAGAAUAUCAACUUCCAAACCUUAUUGUUGGAGCAAUAACAAAAGAAAGUUUGUAUAGUGCUUUUGAAAAUGGCAUUACUGCAGAUCAGAUAAUUUCUUUUCUUCAGCAAAAUGCACAUCCACGUGUUGCAGAGAGAGUACCAUCUGUACCUGAGAAUGUCACAGAUCAGAUUAGGCUGUGGGAAACAGAUCUGAAUAGGGUUGAGAUGACUCUAGCUUAUUAUUACGAUGAAUUUCCAACCAGGGAUCUCCUUGAGGGUACUUCUGACUUCGCGCGAGGCUAUAAUGCUUUGCUAUGGGAGGAGCCAGAUUCGAAAAAGAUGCGUUUAGUGGUCAAGGCAGAAAACCACACGCACAUGAAAGAAUAUCUUAGCCGUCAAAGACAAUAGGUCCGCUAUCAGCUCUUCACAGCUCAACACGAUCAUAUCCUGGCAAACCUUGCUUGCACAGUCAUACCUUUCGGAAGUAUUAACGUUAUCAGAAAACGAGGCAGAGAUCUAUUCUGUUGCAAUCGGAUGGUUGGCAUGUUGCGGCGAACAAUCGCAAGAUGAAUGCAGUAUUCUGGUAAUUUUGGCUGAAUAUAUCUAAACACUACUAGGAGAUGAAAUAUGCCGUGUAUCGAAACACGGCAAAACGGAUGAGUAAAUUUGAAAAAUUGGAAGAGAAAAGAAGUCAUUUCCCUGCUUGUAUUAACAGACAGAUUAUGAUCAUUCAAUUUUGCUUUCCAGUCAUUUCCAAAUCAUGUGUUAUUUAUUGGGAAGGUUCUAACGUUGUGUUUAGAAUUUCGCCGGUAAAUAUUUUUUUUGAUAUCGCAAUGUACAUAAUUCGGUUGAAUGUACGGUUAACGUGAUUUACGAACCAUUUUGUGGGAAGUCCGAGGCUCGAUUCUUCUCA